AGAAAAGCCGGAAGUAAUUCAAAAGAAGAUGAGCUGAUCGGGGCAAUGUAACUUGUCUGCAGCAAGGAUUAUUACAGUUCACAGAAGUAUGUAGUAAAGGUGUCUUUUUCCUUCCUCCAGUGAAGGGAGGGGAGGAGCAGUUUGCAAGUCAUGUCGUUUAAAUUGGUAUCUUGUGAUCUCUGAACUUCAUUCCUUCAGCGGGUGUAACUGCGUUCAAAUCACUGAUUGAGUUUAACAGAUUGUUCAUGUGACACGUCAAAUACAGAUUGAGUCAAGAGGAAGAAAAAAAAAUCCACCAACCUGCAAGAAUGAAAUAUAUGAGCAUUUUAGAAGUUUUGCUUGUCUUCAAAUUAGUGCUUUAUGUGAAUGGGGGACGACCCUGUGCUUCCAUGAGUUUUGGAGACAGUUCAGUGGUAUGUGUGUGCAAUACUACAUAUUGUGAUACUCUGGACCCUUUGAGGAUGCCUGCAAAAGGGAGUUAUAUUUUAUAUGAAAGCAGCAAGUCUGGAAAACGCUUAGAGAGCACUACAGGCCCCUUUAUAAAGAGCAUCCAAGAUUCAGGUUUAAAGUUCACAUUUAAUGUUGACAAAAAGUAUCAACAGAUCAAAGGUUUUGGAGGAGCAGUGACCGAUUCAGCAACAGUCAAUAUCCUAUCACUCACUAAAGAGGCCCAAGAAAAUCUUUUGCGCUCUUACUUCUCAGAAGAUGGUAUUGAAUAUAAUGUUAUCCGUGUGCCAAUGGCCAGCUGUGAUUUCUCCCUCCAUGUAUACACAUACGCAGACUCGCCUGAUGAUUUUGACCUGAAGAACUUCAGCCUUGCAAAGGAAGAUGUGGAAAUGAAGAUUCCGCUUAUCCAGCGAGCCAUUUCAAUGUCUAAGCGACCCAUUUCUCUGUUUGCAAGCCCUUGGACUUCUCCUGCCUGGAUGAAGACAAAUGAAGAUGUGUCUGGCAAGGGUACCCUAAAAGGAGCAGCAGGAGACAAGUAUCACAAAACUUGGGCCAAUUACUUUGUCAGUAUGUUAUCAGCAUCUAAAGUGUUUCAAGCUAAUAUACAGUUUUUCAGUGCUCUUGAUGGAGUUAUUAGUGUUCUAAGUGAUAUGAAGGCAGCUCGUUACAUUAAUGGCAUUGCUGUCCACUGGUAUAUGGAUGAGUUUGCUCCUGCUGGUAUUACAUUGAGCACAACACACAAGUUGUUUCCUGAAUACUAUUUAUUUGCUACAGAGGCUUGCACUGGUUUCCUUCUGUAUGGGAAAGGGGUGCAAUUGGGAUCCUGGGAGAGAGGGAACCAGUACAGUGAAGACAUCAUUAAGGAUCUGAACAAUUAUGUGACAGGGUGGACAGACUGGAACAUUGCCCUAGACUUGAAAGGAGGACCAACCUGGGUGGAGAAUUAUGUAGACAGCCCUGUAAUUGUGGAUACAGCUAAAGACACAUUCUACAAACAGCCAAUGUUUUACCACUUGGCCCACUUCAGCAAAUUUAUACCAGAAGGUUCCCAGCAUGUUGGAUUAGAUAGCCCUGAGAAAAGCAAACUAGAGACUGUAGCAUUCUUACGUCCAGAUGGUGCAGCAACUCUUGUGGUGCUUAAUCAAGCCCAUGCUGAUGUAAAGUUUGUCAUCUGGGAUCCAGAAGUGGGAUACAUCAAUGCAGUUUCACAUGCUGAUUCUAUCCAGACAUACGUAUGGAGAAGAUCGUAAAGCAGUAUGCAUUGAGCAUAAUAAGUGACUAAGAUAAACAUGAGGAUUGGCAGGCUAAAAUCGUCAAGUGCAAGAUGUCAUGGUACGAGUCUAAAAUCUCAUUCUGCACUGACAAAGACUAAUGCCAACAAGGUCUCCAGAUAUCACAUUAUUUACCUGUAGUAGUUGGCUAAUUGAUUUAGGUGUGUCAGAAGACUCUCUGAAAUUGCAUCUGUUUCUGUGAUACACUGUAAUAAAAUGUGCACUAUUUCUUUUCUUCUGUGUAA